AUCCUUUUAAAAUUAUCUUACUAAAUAUAACGAAAGGCUCCAGCCCCCAAAAGGCGAAGUAGCAAACUACUCAGUUUGCCACUCCUAGUCACGAUAGCAUGGUUGUUUAUACUUUAUAUACCCCCAAACUCCCAACAUCUUUCUCCAAAACCCUUCCACACACAAAUUGUAGACAAUGGCUCCACCGCUGCUGCCGCCGCCACCACCAUCAUCAUCAAAAAGAACUUGUAGACACCAAGAAACACAUUUGCCAGAUGAGUGUUGGGAAUUAAUUUUGAAACACAUCAGCGACCAUCUAGAUCACGAAUCACUCUCCCUCGUCUCACGCCAGCUCCGUUUCCUUACCAACCGCCUCCGCACCGACCUCUCCGUUCUCGACCCUGUCCCCCCUCUCCUUCCCGCCCUCUUCCGCCGUUUUCCCAACCUGACGACCAUCAAAAUCACGCGCUACUUCACGGGUGACAUCAACGCGCUCCUCUCCCAAAUCGCUUCGCUCGACCUACCCUCACUCCAUUCCCUCGACUUGUCUCACCAACCCACCUUCCCCUCACAUGGGUUGCGACAAUUCUCCGAAAAGUUUCCAACUUUGAAAUCACUCAACUGUUCCUUCAUGCCUCAGGAUUUGUGCUUAAUUGUCGAGUGCUUCCCGAACCUCGAAGAAAUCGAUGUAACCGUGAAUUUCCAUUUUCACCUUGUGUCAGAAUUGUCAUUUUCUAGAAGAGCUUAUUGUUCUUGAAACCCGCGGUCGUCCUCAGAUUGCCAAUGCGAUCCGUCAGAGACCCCAAUUGAGAUCUUUGGCUUUUAGCGGUUUGUACCAUAGGUUUUCGGAGUUUAUUGAUGCAUUGGUGAAUUUGAAGGGUUUGACUUGUCUUGAUUUGUCUUAUUGCCGUGUAUCUGAUGAGGUCUUGUGUGCUGUUGCGGAAGAAGGCCUUCCCUUGAGGGAACUCUCUCUGCCUUCUUGUAAGGAAUAUGGAUACGAUGGGAUUUCUUGUUUACUAAGAAAGUGUAAUAAUUUACAGUAUCUGGAUCUUGAGAACACAGAGUUUCUGAAUGAUCAGUGUGUGAUUGAGUUGUCUUUGCUUCUUGGUAAUUUGAACUUUGUGAAACUUAAUAGGAAUAAAAAGCUUACUGAUUUGAGCUUGUUAGCCAUUAUGCGAAACUGCCCUCGGAUAACGGAUAUCAGGAUGGAGACAACUGGUGUUGGGAAGCAGAAGUUGGAGGAGGAGGAUUGUUUGAUUGUGAAUUCUCAAGUAAAGUUUCUCUAUUUGGCUCAGAAUUCUUGGUUGGACGAUAAAAGUGUCACUAUGCUUGCUUCCGUAUGCCCCAACUUGGAGAAGAUGGAUUUGAGCUAUUGCGGGAUGGUUUCAAAGGGUGCUAUGGAAGUUUUGUGGAGGUGUUGUAAGAUUCAGCACUUGGACUUAGCUUAUCUAGGAUAUAGGCUCUGUCAGUUUCAGUUUAAGGUUAACUUUGAAGUUCCUACAUUGUUUGUGUUGAAUUUGUCAUCGUCGAGAAUUAGCAAUGAAGAACUCUCUCUUAUUUCAAAAAGUUGUUACAACUUAAAAGAACUCAAAUUGGAAUAUUGUGACAAAAUCACUGUCAGUGGAGUAAAGCUGGUGGUGAAAUAUUGCAAGCAACUAAGAAUGAUAAGUUUGUAUUCUUGUGAAAACGUAUCUUCUGAUGUCAUUGCUUGGAUGGUAUUGACAAGGCCAUCGUUGAAAAAAAUAACAUAUGCUAGUGGUGCGGUUGUUGGCAAGAGAGAUCUCUUACUGAGUCAUGGAUGCUUUGCUCACUGGGAUUGGCUGGGAUCUAAGUUAAUUUAACUGAAUCUUGGUCGGGAAGUAAAAUAUGGAUGUGAAACAUGGAGGAAUCUUCAUUUCCUUUAAGAGGAUCUCCGAUGCUUGAUUUUAGUUUAAUUUUAUUUUGGAUUUUACAAUAUGUCACAUAAGUAUUUAUGGGAUCAUAUAUUAUAAAAAUUGAUUUGAUACUCAA